AAUGCUUCGAUUGCUUUUUGUUAGACGAUCACUCCGAUCCUGUUGUUGCCAAGGUCUUUAAUAUGUGAUCGGCUGACAUUAUACACGUUGUUUAUGGAUGGCUUCUGAGGCGGUGAAAGUAGUGGUCAGGUGUCGUCCACUAAGUGACAGAGAGCUGAAGCUUAACUGCAAAAAUAUUGUGGAAACUUUUGGGGAUACAGGACAGUGUUCCUUAUCACAACCUGCAGAUAAAAAAUGUUUACCCAAAUACUUUUUCUUUGACGGCGCGUUUGGCACUGAUUCUACGACAGAGCAAAUUUACAACGACAUUGGUUAUCCCUUAAUUGAAGGGGUAACAGAAGGGUACAAUGGAACUAUUUUCGCAUACGGCCAAACCGGUUGUGGAAAAUCAUUCACCAUGCAAGGAGUUGUCGAGGAUUGCUGGCAGCGUGGAAUUAUUCCUCGUGCAUUUGACCACAUUUUCGAGACGAUCUCUUUGAGCCGUGAUACAAAAUUCCUCGUCCAUGUAUCGUACCUAGAAAUUUACAACGAAGAUAUCAGGGAUUUAUUGGGCAAAGAUACGAAAGCGCGUUUGGAAUUAAAGGAACAUCCUGAAAAGGGUGUUUAUGUGGCUGGUUUGUCAAUGCACAAGGUGACCAGUGUACAGGAAUGCCAGGUUCUCAUGGGAAUCGGUUGGAAAAACAGAGCAACUGGAGCUACCCUAAUGAAUGCGGAUAGCAGCCGAUCACAUUCCAUCUUCACUAUUUAUCUCGAGAUGGUUGAUAGAGACCCGGACUCGAACACAGAAAAGAUCAGGGCAGGAAAACUUAAUUUGGUCGAUUUGGCCGGUUCCGAAAGACAGUCAAAAACAGGAGCCUCGGGAGAUCGAUUCAAAGAAGCGGCAAAGAUUAAUUUAAGCCUGUCCGCUCUAGGCAAUGUCAUAUCCGCAUUGGUCGAUGCAAAAGUCAAGCACGUUCCAUACAGGGAUAGCAAAUUGACAAGACUUCUACAAGAUUCUCUUGGUGGAAACACAAAAACGCUAAUGAUUGCUUGCAUCUCACCGGCGGACAGCAAUUACGAGGAAACUUUAAGCACCCUACGAUAUGCCAGUAGAGCGAAGAACAUUCAGAACAGACCAAAGAUCAACGAGGAUCCGAAGGAUGCCAUUUUGAGGCAGUACCAGGAGGAGAUACAUCGUCUGCGUCGAUUGCUUGAAGCAAACCCGGAAGUAAUUAGCGGGAAACCACCAACUUUAAAUGAAGAGCAGAUCGACUCAAAGGUUGACCAAGAAGAGAGAGAGCAACUCAUACAGGUGCGACCAAGUGGCAUUCGAGUUGGUGAUCCUAUUACAUCAUUGCUUGGAGCUUACUUUACUAUUUGAAGAAUUAGUGAGUAUCAAGUAACCCGACCUCUCUCAUAGCUUAACAGCUGUAUCUGAUUCGAAGUGUUCAACUAAGGUUCAUUAUGGUAGGUUGUGAAGCAUGCUCUAGGAAAUCGUUUCUACUGUGGAACCGUAUACGUUUGAUCUCGGGUUUCGUUUUCUCGAUUGUCUUCUUAAAAUCACCUAUCUGAACUUCAAUUUCCUCAAUAAAAUAUAGGUUCAGUUCGCGCCAGGUGUACUCCCUCUUUAAGUCCCAUCUGAAUCGCUUCCUCACCAGCGCACUAGGUGACGGACAUUAUAAUCUUAAACAUGGCAUACUGUGAUGGUGUAUUUUUAAUAACGCUUACGAUUAGCCUAGCCAUUAGUGUCUGUGCACAUAUUCGUAACGCAUGCAGUAAUAUCUCGUAGUAAUGUACAAAGGUCAAAACGAAAUAGAUAGCAAUAAGCGUUAUUCCACAAACGCUGCAUGCAAAUGAGCGUGGUCUGUCAUUCGCCUGUGCUCGUCAACACACCAGUCAUGAAUGAAGGUUGCAGGUGCCUAAACUCAGGGCUUCAACAUGAUGAGAUGGGUGAGUUAAAAGUAACAAAGUUCUCUUAACCACUAACCAUUAAUCUAGUCUUGUCGUUUGUUCUGCAAACCUAUACCAUAUGACUAAAUUUCGAUGUCUUUGUUAACACCCCAGCUGAUCGUUGUGCGCCAUAGUGAUUCAUCAUUAGCUAUCUUGGUUCCUUUACCUGGUGAUAAAGAAUGCGUUGACAGAAAAUUAGGCGAUUGUGCCACAACGACGGUACGAGUGUAGGGAAGCUAAAUAAUCCAUCUGCUUAAGAGCACUUCAUGUUGUACGAUAGGAGUAGAUCUAUAUAUUUUCCUAAUGAUUGUGCUUAACAUGGUUGGGGAACUACUUUCCAUUAAGCACCCAAUUAUGAUUCCUAAAAGCGAACUGUGUGUACAAGAAAGCUUGUCUGCUAGUUGACUGAAUUGUAGGUCACCGUAAUAAAUAUUGCAAAACGUGACCGAGAGACGUCUCCGCAACGAAUCACAUUCGGAUUCCUGCUCUCGUUUACUAUCAGUCUUUCAAAAAAGUCGCAUAAACUGACGUAACUAUGCAUUUCAGCUACUAUUCCUUUAGAAUCCACCACACGUACACGUCAGCUAGAGGUGGGAAAACACUUCCGCUUUCGUGCCGCAAUACAUGAAGGAAAUACAUACAUGCAUAUAAUACAAUACACAAAGGAAAAAUAGAUACAACAGUUGCAUGCCAACUGAGCUACCAGCAACGGAUAGGCAUCGUUCUGGUACGCUACCAGCCAGCUACUAGGC